AUGGCACAACAAAACAUGAAAAACAAACAUCAACAAUUGAAACUUCCAUUGGAAAUUGAAUGGAUUUGGCACGUCCAUCGUCUUCAUCCUUUAAUCUAUCACAAUGAUUGUACUACACAACUUCCAGGCAGGAAACUUGUUGAUAAAAAAGUUCGUAAAGUUGUACGAAAGCGUGAAAACAAACAUAAUGCAAAUAUUUCAUUUUCAUCGACAAAUAGUUAUUUAACAUUUGUUCCAUCAAUUAAUUUGAGAAAAGCCAUCAUUCGUCAACGUGAUUUUCUUGAAAAAUUUCAAGAACAUUAUCUUUAUUCAUUCGACUUAAAAAAGAUGAAUCGUUCGGAUUUUGAACAUUUGGUACAAAAUUAUGUAUCAUUUAUAAAAUUGGCUCAGAAAAAUGAAAUGAUCGUACCAACAUUUGACAUUGAUUUGAUAUGGCAUACACAUAUGAGAUAUCCAUCACAAUAUCAAACUGUUUCAACAGCUUUAUGUGGUUUUAUUCUUGAUCAUAAUGAUGCAAUUGAGUCAAAUAUUUUAACACAUGCUUAUCAGAAAACUGCUAAACGAUGGAAAAAGACUUAUAAAUUAGAAUAUGGCCAAAAUAUUGAUAGAAGACAUUUAGAAACAUCACGAUACAUGAGUUCAUGUGCUAUGGUUUUCGUGCCGAUUCACAUUUCGAGUGGUGGUGGAGCAUCGUCAUGCGGAGCAAUUGGAGGCGGUUGUGGAUCAAGUUGUGGCGGUGGAGGUUGUGAUGGUGGUGGAGGAUGUGGCGGCGGAGGAUGCGACGGCGGAGGAUGUGGUGGCGGAGGAUGUGGAGGGGGCUGUGGAGGUGGCGGUGAUUGA